GAAAGGGGAGGGGAGAGGAGAGGGCAGAUGUGUGCAUGGUGCCCUGACUGCUCUGGAUGGUGAUGGUGGUGCUGAGGAUGAGCUGCUGGUGGCAUCAGCAAAGGGAAAGGGAGUCCUCCUCCUCUUUGCUGGGGCUGUGGGCUGCCUGAUGGUGCUGCUCCUGGCAGGGCACUGGCAGGGUUGUGGCAGCAAGACGGUUGCACAGACACAGGUCUGUAAGACGUUUAAACCUUUCUUGGAAGAGUGAUCUGAUGAAUCAGAAUGGCAACAGAAGUGAACAAUAUUCAGAGGAGUUACUCCAUCAUCCCAUGCUUCAUAUUCGUGGAGCUCGUCAUAAUGGCUGGGACUGUGCUGCUCGCCUAUUACUUUGAGUGCACCGACACUUUUGAAGUGCACAUCCAGGGCUUCUUCUGUCAGGAUGGUGAUCUUAUGAAGCCAUACCCAGGACCAGAGGAGGACAGUUUCAUCUCCCCGCUCAUACUGUACUGUGUGCUGGCAGCAACCCCCACGACCAUUAUUUUUAUUGGUGAGAUAUCGAUGUAUUUUAUAAAAACAACCAGGGAAAACCUCCUCCUUCAAGAGAAGACAAUCGUAACAGGAGAGUGCUGUUACCUGAGCCCACUUUUCCGAAGAAUAAUUAGAUUUAUUGGUGUAUUUGCCUUCGGCUUGUUUGCUACCGACAUAUUUGUGAACGCAGGCCAAGUGGUCACAGGAAGCCUGACACCGUACUUCAUUACUGUUUGCAAACCCAAUUACACAGGAUCUGACUGCCGUUCCCACACUCGCUUCAUAACUGGUGAAACCAUUUGCACUGGGGAUCCUGAUGUUGUUGCAUUGGCUCGACGAUCCUUUCCAUCCAAGGAUGCGGCGUUGAGCGUGUACUCUGCUCUGUAUGCGACGAUGUACAUCACAAGCACAAUAAAGACUAAAAGCAGCAGGUUAGCAAAGCCGGUCCUGUGCUUGGGAGCACUCUGUGCUGCCUUUUUAACAGGACUAAACCGCGUCUCUGAGUACCGGAACCACUGCUCUGAUGUGAUUGCAGGCUUUGUCCUGGGCACCACAGUAGCUCUGUUUUUGGGAAUAUGUGUUGUUCACAACUUCAAAGGAUUGCAGACCACCGCGCCUAAACCUAAACCUGAAGACCCCCAUGGACUACCAUUGAUGACAUUCCCUCGGGUGGAAAGCCCACUUGAAACGUUGAGUGCUCAGCUUCCACCCUCCGCUUUGGAAGAACCACUCCGCAUCAAUGACAGAAGUGACCUGAAGAGAAAAACCUUUUCCGUUUAAAAUAAAACACAAAUUGGUACUUUUAUAAUAAGUGUUAAAACUGUGGAAAGAGCAACACAGGAACUUGUCUAGUUAGCAUCAGAUGUUUUGUACAUUUUGUAUGAGAAAGUGCUGUAGCUUACCUUGACUUUUUGCCUGUUUUGGUAUGUCUCUCCCAGAAUUAAAGCAUUCCAUGUAAAAGUUUCUGAUUUCUAAUGUAAAUGCAGUUGGUGUUCCGUGGUAUUUGUACAAUAAAGUGCGUUGUCUGGUUUACAUACACACAAUAGGUGUUGAAAUUCCAUGCAUCUUUUUUUAAAUAAAUAUUAA